AGUUGGAUUGAAUUUUUUAAAUAGAGUUCAUUGUCAUGACUGCGAUAUUAAAUCGAUUAUACAUGUAAUUUUGGCUCUUCAAAAUAACAAUUUAGAUCAAAAUUUCACAGUACAAGACGAUAAAGAUGCAUCGGUUAAUGAUAUUGCUGAUGGUGGGGGCGUGUUUGAUGGUGUCCGGGACCAACGCCGAUGCCGAUAGCGAUUACCAAGCCAUUGAAGACGCGUUCUGGGAGUGGCGAAUGAUAGUAAAUCCCAAUUAUGCGAUAGACGCAGGGCGGAUGGAGUUCGCGGAUAGAAAUCCUCAGGUCGGAGUAGACGUUCUUGAUGAGAGAUUCAAAAAAGCAGAAAAGUUCAUGGAUGACAUACUUGCGGUCGAUGAAGCUCAGCUGAAAUCCGCUUCCAUCAAAAUGAGCUAUCGAGUUCUGAAGAAAGCCCUGGAGUAUUAUAUCAAUGGUUACAGAUUUAAGGACUUCACCCUUAACUACAUCAACUUCCUGGAAGGGCCACAUAUUGGGUUUAGUCAUUUGACUAAGAAACUUCCUUUCAACAACCAAAGUGACUAUGAAAAUUACCUCAAACGAAUCAAAGGAUUUGCGACACUGAUCGACCAAACUACAGAUAUGUUGAAGGAGGCUGUAAAGAAAGGCAAGGCUAAUCACAAUGUAUCUAUGAACAGAGUUCCAGGUCAAAUUAAAAACAUCCUGGACAAGUCGUAUGACAAGACGGACUAUUAUAUUCCACUAUCAGCUAAAUUGGACGGCGUUACUGUCAUCGAUGCAACAGCAAAGGCAGACUUGAGAACUCGUGCUAAGGAUAUAAUCGAAAAUAAAAUAAAGCCAGCAUUUGUUAAUCUUCGCACUUACAUCUUGAACGAAUAUGUAACUCGGCCAGGACUCGGCGUGAGCACCCUUGCCGCUGACCAGUCGCCGAAUGGAACGGAAUACUACAAAGCCGCCCUUAAGUGGCAUCUCUCAUCGGACAUGAGCCCGGCGAAGGUCCAUCAAAUUGGUCUCGACCAGGUCAAGCGUAUCAAGGACAACAUGAACGGGAUAAAGGAUAGCGUAGGAUUCGAGGGCACACUGAAGGAGUUUAUUGCGUCACUCAAGGCAAACAAGUCAUUUUUCCUGAAAACUGAGGACGAACUUCUACAAAGAUACAGGUAUAUCAUCGACGUGAGAAUUAACAGUACACUGCACAAGCUCUUCCUUCGACCGCCCAAGUUGCCACUGGAAAUCAGAUCGAACCCGAAUCGCGGCCCGGCCGCGAUGUACCUCUAUAUUACUAAACCAGACGAUGGAUCGUACGGUUUGAUUCUUGCUUACGUGAAAGAACCAUCAAAAAGACCAACAUUUGAUAUGCUCGCCCUUUGCCUUCACGAGGCCAACCCAGGACAUCAUAUGCAGGUUAGCUACAUGUUGACCGACAAGAACCUUCCUGACUUCAGACGUUACUCGGAUUACACUGGCUACUACCAGACGCCCUUCCACUUCCCAUUCUACACCGCUUAUACUGAGGGUUGGGGCCUAUAUGCAGAAUUCCUUGGCACUGAGCUUGGUCUCUACAACGACCGGUAUGAAUUGUUUGGAAGAUAUGUUUCCGAGAUGUUCCGCGCCUGCAGACUUGUGGUCGACACUGGAAUACACGUUAUGGGGUGGUCACGGCAACAAGCCAUUGACUACAUGGCAGAUCAUAUCACCGACCCUGUCAGUCAAAUAUCUGUUGAGAUUGAUCGUUACGUCACGUGGCCUGGCCAGGCAUGCGCAUACAAGAUUGGCGAGAUCAAGAUACUGGAAAUGAGGAAGAAAGCAGAGGACGAGUUAGGGUCAUUGUUCGACGUGAAACAAUUUCACGAAACGAUCUUGACUGCAGCAGCCCUUCCCCUUGAUCUCUUGGAGAACAUCAUACAGGAGUACAUCAAUGACACGAAGUUGAAAGGAACCGUCUCCUCAGGUAACAAAGCAUACCUUUCAAUCAGCGUCCUUCUGCUCUGCUAUUGGUCGAGAUGGUGGAUGGAGGUGUAAUGCUGCUCUGCUGGUGGUCAGUGAUGUGGUGAUGACGUCAAUUUCAUUCUUGCCUGCGAUUCGUUGAGACUUUCUAUGAAGUGCAAUGCUUCUCUACCAUUGGUCGAAAGACGUUCGUUUAAUCUUGGAGAAGAUAUUCUGUAUUUGGUGCAUUGAAAACCGCCACAAUUCGCGGAUUUCGCAAAAACCUACUUGUAGAUUCGUGAAAAUAUUAACUAUCUGGCGCAACUUAUUAUAGUUGCGAAAGUCGUACGCUGUGAAAAUAUGUCGUUUACAGUUAUUUCUUCAAGGUUUAACGCAUUUUUUCUUGGGGUUCUUAUAAUUUUUGCAGCUUAUAUUUUUGCCACUGGCUAAUGAAUUGUUUUCUUAAUUGUCAUCUAUAUGCGAAAAUAUACUUUUUUCAACCUUUUUUAGUAUACGAUUUGAUAUCAUUUUGACAGUUAAUGAUAUGUACUCGAUGAUCGAAAACGAACAAACUUUGAUGCACGAGGCGGAUUCAGCGGGCUUGUUAAGAGGCAUUUCCGAUGGUUUUCAACAACAUGGGUAUCCAUUUAAAUUUAAAGAAGGUUAUCGCUGACUUUUGACAACAUUUUUACUCAAGAGAUGCAAUUUGCAAUACAAAGUGUCAGCAGGACCGAAGGACCACAUUAGGUCUCGACCAUAGACUCGUGUCCGUGCCGUUUUGACAUGGCUGAGUUUGCUUAUGUGAUAGACAUAUGUUGUACAUGUAUAUACACGAUCAAAACACUCGUAGACGAAGUUAAGAUGUCCUCCACUCAGAGAAAAUGUGAAUUUUGAAUGAUAGCGUAAUCGUACACCGUCCGAUAGACAUGUAUAUUGAAAUUAAAGUCCCUUUGGGAUACAUGUGAUGCUCUGUAUUAACGUGUAGUAUAAAGGUUUAGAAAUGUAUUAUAUCACGCCAUAUUUAAUACACAUCAUAUAGUAUAUCAUUGUAUUUAACUAACCUCUGACACCUGAGUAUGCGUGACGAGAAUACACAUCAUAUAGUAUAUCAUUGUAUUUAACUAACCUCUGACACCUGAGUAUGCGUGACGAGAGCAAAUAGUUUCAACUCUUCGGCAAAUUAAUACGCACCGUUUUCGAUUAGAAAGGAGCAGGGUGAAAACGUCCAUGUUGUUCAUCUCAUCUGAUUAUUUACUCUACUAGCUUGGGGUUUGGGCUGUCUCUUUAUACAGGCCGUCUCAAAAAUAGCCACCCGUUAACAUGACUGAGUUACGAAAAUAUUUGAAAGAGUGAUUAUUUAACGGGAUAUUAUUGAGACGCCCUGUACCUGAUCGAUAUGUGUUGUAUAUCAAUGUCUUCUCUUGGUUAAUAACUGUAUUUUGUCGUGAAUGUUGGCAUGGUUACAGUGGUAAUCAGGGUGCCAAGAACACAUUAUCAAACAGUAAGUAGACGUCCAUUUCGUUGAAAUUUGAAACACAAUAUGCAGGUUUUGCAACCCUUACAAACCGCGAACUCGUGAAGAAUAAGGUAUACUUAGUUGUAACGUUGCCCGAUAUUGUAUCGCCAUGUCGUGAGAAGAUUCUGCGUGAUAUCGCCACUUUUUAAUGGGAAGCAUGACGUAAAUAGCGAUAUGACGCAUAAGCGGCGAUACAAUAUCGUGCAACGUUUAGGAAGAAUCGGAAAACCUAUCAAAGAAAUCAUCUUUAAAGUACAUUUAUAUACUUUGUCGUUCGAGGCAUUCCGUAAGGGUUGCGAAACCUGCCUAUGAGGACGUCUUAUUGUAACCUCUACAGCCAUAGAAAGGAUUGCCAAACAUGAAUGGAACCCCGAAGAGUUAUUUAGUCAUGAAAACGCUUUCCCCGCACAAAAUGUUUUAAUUCUACAUUGUAUUUCGAAAUUUCGAAUUGGUGUAUAUCUGUUACAAAGGCUACGAAGUUGUACAAUUUUGUACAAAACUGAAACGAAGUCCAUAUACUAUAGUGUCUUUGGGUCGGCUGGCUUGACAUUAUUUACCAAAAGGUAACAAGUUUUCGUUACGAUGUUUAUAUUUUUCAGGCGAAUCAUGUGGUAUCGAAUAAUGAUGCACGGACGCAGUAUCAUUAACAUGAUUUUACAUGUAUAUCGUGGAGAUUGUGAAAUAAAAUUACACAUGUGCACAUA